AGAGCCCCGGGGUCUCGGCUGAGCGGCACUUCCUCCUCCUCCGGCACCAGGCAGUACUAUCACCCGCGGAGCUGGAAUGACUGGCAACCCAGAACUGAAAAUCCAUCAGCUGACCAAGAGAAUUUAAAAUACUCUUCAUCCAGAGAACGGAGUAGUUCUUCAUCCUAUGGAUUACAAUCCUCUAACUCAGCUGUGGUGUCCCGACAUAGACAUGAUGAUAUCAGAGUCUCCACUGAUGUGCAGAAUGAAGAAAAAGGUGGCUACAGUGUCAAUGGAGGAUCUGGGGAAACUACUUAUGGUCGGAAGUCGUUGGGGCAAGAGCUGAGAGUUAACAAUGUGACCAAUUCUGAUUUUACCAGUAUUCAGCAUGGAAAUCGUGCUUUAGUCACAAAAGACAUGAGGAAAACACAGGAGCGAUCAUUGUCUUACUCGGACGAGUCUCGACUGUCAAAUCUUCUUCGGAGGAUUACUCGGGAAGAUGACAGAGACCGAAGACUGGCUACUGUAAAGCAAUUGAAAGAAUUCAUUCAGCAACCAGAGAACAAACUGGUCCUUGUUAAACAGCUGGAUAAUAUCUUGACUGCCAUACAUGAUGUGCUGAAUGAAAGUAGCAAAUUGCUUCAAGAACUGAGACAGGAGGGUGCUUGCUGUCUUGGCCUCCUUUGUGCUUCUCUGAGCUACGAAGCGGAGAAAAUCUUUAAAUGGAUUUUUAGCAAAUUUAGCUCAUCUGCUAAAGAUGAAGUGAAGCUUCUCUACUUAUGUGCAACUUACAAAGCACUGGAGACUGUGGGAGAGAAGAAAGCCUUUUCAUCUGUAAUGCAACUUGUCAUGACUAGCUUGCAGUCUAUUCUAGAGAAUGUGGAUACACCGGACUUGCUGUGCAAAUGUGUCAUGUGUAUCCUUCAUGUGUCCCGAUGUUAUCCUCACAUUUUCAGCACUAACUUUAGGGACACUGUUGACAUAUUAGUUGGAUGGCAUAUUGAUCACACUCAGAAACCUUCUCUGACCCUGCUAGUGUCAGGAUGGUUACAGAGCCUGGAACCAUUUUGGGUAGCUGACCUUGCAUUUUCUACCACACUUUUGGGUCAGUUUCUAGAGGAUAUGGAAGCUUAUGCUGAGGACCUUGGCCAUGUGGCUUCUGGAGAAUCGGUAGAUGAAGAUAUUCCGCCUCCUUCUGUUUCACUGCCCAAAUUGGCAGCACUGCUUCGGGUUUUCAGUACAGUGGUAAGGAGUAUUGGAGAGCGAUUCAGUCCUAUUAGAGGGCCACCAAUCACUGAUGUAUAUGUGGCUGAUGUUCUAUACAGGGUACUUAGAUGUGUGACAGCGGCCAAUCAAGUCUUCUUUUCUGAGGCUGUAUUGACAGCUGCAAAUGAGUGUGUCGGUGUCCUGCUUGGUAGUCUGGAUCCCAGUAUAAGUAUACGCUUUGACACAGUCAUCUCUUAUGGAUUAGAUCAACUGAAAAACUGUCAGAUUUGUGGUACUGAUUAUAUCAUCUCGGUGCUCAUCUUAUUGAUGCUGAUUGUUGAACAAAUAAAUACAAAACUUCCGUCAUCAUUUAUAGAGAAAUUGUUUAUGCCAAGCUCUAAAUUGCUAGAGCUCCGCUUCCACAAGGAAAAGGAGGUUGUUGCAUCAGCACAUGGUGUCUAUCAAGCAGUACUGAGCUUAAAGAACAUUCCUGUUUUGGAAACAGCAUACAAGUUGAUUGUUGGAGAAAUGGCGUGUGCCUUGAACAGUCUUCUUCAUAGUCUACACCAGCCAGAAGCUUGUUGUGAAAUUCUACAUGAUGCUUUCAAGAACCAUUCAUUUGAUGUGGCUAAUGCAAAAUUUGUUGUUAUAUUUGAUCUUAGUGCCCUAACAACAAUUGGAAAUGCAAAAAACUCAUUAAUUGGAAUGUGGGCUUUGUCUCCAACGGUGUUUGCAUUACUGAGCAAGAACUUGAUGGUGGCGCAUGGUGACAUAGCUGUACACUUCCCUGCCGUCCAGUAUGCAGUACUCUACACCCUGUAUUCACAUUGUACCAGGCAUGACCACUUCAUAUCUAGCAGCCUAAGUUCCUCCUCUCCUUCCUUGUUUGAUGGAGCUGUCAUUAGCACUGUAACAACAGCUACGAAGAAACAUUUCUCUAUCAUAUUAAAUCUGUUGGGACUUUUACUUAAGAAGGAUAACCUUACACACGAUACCAGGAAGCUACUAAUGACCUGGGCUUUGGAAGUGGCUGUCCUAAUGAAAAAAUCAGAGACCUAUGCACCAUUGUUCUCUCUCCCAUCUUUUCAUAAAUUUUGCAAAGGACUUCUAGCAAACACUCUUCUAGAAGAUGUUAAUACUUGUCUUCAAGCAUGUAGUAGUCUCCAUGCUCUAUCGUCUUCGCUGCCAAAUGACUUAUUGCAGAGAUGUGUUGAUGUAUGCCGUGUUCAGUUAGUUCACAGUACUGCCCGUAUCAGACAAGCUUUUGGGAAACUGUUGAAGUCUAUUCCUUUAGAUGUAGUGUUAAGCAACCAUCACCACACAGAAAUACAAGAAAUCUCUUUAGCCAUACGAAGUCACAUGAGCAGAGCACCCAGCAAUACAUUUCACCCACAAGACUUCUCUGAUAUCAUUAGUUUCAUCCUGUAUGGGAGUUCUCACAGAACAGGGAAAGAGAGCUGGUUAGAGAGGCUAUUUUAUAGUUGCCAAAGACUGGAUAAACAUGACCAAUCAAGUAUUCCACGCAAUUUGUUGAAAACCGAAGCUAUUCUUUGGCAGUGGGCCAUCUGGGAAGCAGCCCAAUUCACUGUCCUUUCAAAGCUGCGAACACCACUGGGCAGAGCUCAGGACACAUUUCAGACAAUUGAAGGUAUCAUUAGAAGUCUUGCAGCCCACACAUUAAACCCUGAUCAAGAUGUCAGCCAGUGGACUACAGCAGACAACGAUGAAGGUCAUAGUAGUAACCAAUUGAGACUGGUUCUACUUCUGCAGUAUUUGGAGAACUUGGAGAAACUGAUGUACAAUGCUUAUGAAGGAUGUGCUAAUGCACUUACAUCACCACCUAAGGUUAUCAGGACAUUCUUCUAUACUAAUCGGCAGACUUGCCAAGACUGGCUAACUCGAAUUCGACUUUCCAUCAUGCGCGUUGGGCUGUUGGCAGGACAGCCAGCAGUGACAGUUAGGCAUGGUUUUGAUUUAUUGACAGAAAUGAAGACUGGCAAUAUGGCUCAGGGAAAUGAAUUAGAAGUGAUUAUCAUGAUGGUGGUAGAAGCCCUUUGUGACCUUCAUUGCCCUGAAGCAAUCCAAGGCAUAUUCGUCUGGUCCUCUGCUGUGGUUGGAAAGAGUCUCACCUGGAUUAAUUCUGUUGCUCAGCAAGCUGAAGGGCGGUUUGAAAAAGCAGCUGUUGAGUACCAGGAGCAUCUUUGUGCCAUGACAGGAGUGGACUGGUGUGUCACAGGAUUUGAUAAGUCUGUCCUGAAAUUGGCCAAUUUGUCCACCAGCAAUAAUGCUAGCCCAAAGCACACUUUAAAUGGGGAUUCUCGAAAAACAGUACUGACUAAGCCAAAUGAGUCUUCACCAGAAGUCAUAAAUUAUUUGGGCAACAAAGCUUGCGAGUGCUACAUUGCUAUUGCUGACUGGUCUGCUGUGCAAGAAUGGCAGAAUGCAGUCCAUGACCUGAAAAAAACCACAAGCAAUGCUUCAGUCAAUUUAAAAACAGAUUUUAACUAUAUAAAGUCUCUGAGUAGCUUUGGAUCUGGAGAACUUACAGAAUGUACUGAACAGCUAGAAUUGCUUCCAGGAGAAGACAUCAAUCUGCUUAUUGGAGGAAUAAAAGAAAAAAUAGAUAUGAAGAAGCUUCUUCCCAGCAUGUUGUCUCCUGACCCCAGAGAACUUCAGAAAGCAAUUGAGGUUCAGUUAUUGAGAAGCUCAGUCUGUCUGGCAACCGCUAUUAAUCAUGUGGAACAGGAACAAAAAUGGCAGCCUAUCACUGAGAACCUUAUAAAAUACCUGAAGCAGACUUCACGAAUUGCCGUUGGACCUUUGAGACUCGCCACCUUGACAGUGUCUCAGUCUUUGCCAGUAUUAAGUACAUUGCAGCUGUAUUGUUCAUCUGCUUUGGAAAAUACAGUCUCAAAUAGACUUUCCUCAGAGGACUGUCUCAUCCCUCUGUUCAGUGAAGCACUGCGUUCAUGCAAGCAACAUGAUGUAAGACCAUGGAUGCAAGCCCUAAGAUACACCAUGUACCAGAAUCAGUUUUUGGAAAAACUGAAAGAGCAGAGUAUUCCAGUUAGAAGUCAUUUAAUGGAAUUGGGAUUGACUGCUGCAAAAUUUGCGAGAAAACGUGGGAAUAUUGCCCUGGCUACACGGUUGCUUGCUCAGUGCAGUGAAAUCCAGCUUGGAAAAACCACAACAGCCCAAGAUUUAGUCCAGCACUUUAAGAAACUCUCAACACCAAUUCAAAUGGAUGAAAAAUGGGGUCCUGAGCUAGAAAUUGAAAAAACCAAAUUGUUAUACACAGCCGGCCAGUCAGCACAUGCGAUGGAAAUGCUGAGCUCGUGUGCCAUAUGCUUUUGCAAGUCUGCCAAAGCUGAAUAUGCUGUGGCGAAGUCUAUUCUUACAUUAGCUAAAUGGAUUCAAGCUGAAUGGAAAGAGAUUUCAGGACAGCUAAAGCAAGUCUACAGAGCGCGACAGCAACAGAAUCUUGCUGGUCUCUCCACAUUAGCUAAAAACAUCUAUAAUUUGAUUGAUCUGCCAUCUGUCAACACCAUUGAAGAGGAUUAUCCCAGAAUUGAAAGUGAAUCCACAGUAAACAUUGGUGUGGGAGAACCUGACUUUAUUUUGGGGCAGCUCUACCGUCUUUCUUCAGCACAAGCACCUGAAGUAGCUAAAUCAUGGGCGGCACUUGCCAGUUGGGCUUACAGAUGGGGCCGAAAGGUAGUCGAUAAUGCCAGUCAGGGAGGUGUCCGUCUGCUAUCAAGAGAGAAAUCUGAAGUUCAAAGCUUGCUUCCAGAAAAUAUUACAGAGGAAGACAAAGAGAAAAUAUAUGGCAUUCUUGGGCAAGCUGUGUGCCGACCAGCUGGGAUUCAGGAUGAAGACAUCACCUUUCAGAUUUCAGAGAAUGAAGAUAAUGAGGAGGACGAUAUGGUUGAUGUUAUCUGGCGCCAGUUGUUGACAAGUUGCCCCUGGCUUUCAGACCUUGAUGAAAAUGCAACAGAGAGCCUAAUCAAAGUGUGGCGGAAAGUAGUCGACAGAAUCUUCAGUCUCUAUAAGCUUUCAUGCAGUGCCUAUUUUACUUUCCUUAAACUCAAUGCUGGGCAGGUUCCUCUAGAUGAAGAUGAUCCCAGACUGCAUCUAAGAAACAUUUCGGAGCAGAGCACUGAUGAUGUGAUUGUAAUGGCAACCUUGAGGUUAUUGAGGCUGCUUGUGAAACAUGCAGGAGAACUUAGGCAGUAUCUAGAACAUGGACUGGAGACCACCCCUACAGCACCAUGGAGAGGUAUAAUUCCUCAACUCUUCUCACGGCUGAAUCAUCCUGAAGUAUAUGUUCGUCAGAGUAUUUGCAACCUUCUGUGUCGGGUAGCGCAAGAUUCUCCUCAUCUCAUAUUGUAUCCUGCAAUCGUGGGUACAAUUUCGCUUAGCAGUGAAUCUCAGGCUUCUGGGAGCAAAUUCCCCUCAGCGAUACCUACCUUUUUAGGUAAUAUUCAAGGUGAAGAAUUGUUGGGUAGCGAGUGUGAUGGGGGAAGCCCACCAGCAUCUCAAGAGAGCAUAAAGGAUGAGCCGAAAAUGGGUUUAAACGAGGACCAAGCAAUGAUGCAAGACUGCUAUAGCAAAAUUGUAGAAAAGUUGUCCACGGCAAAUCCAACAAUGGUAUUGCAGGUUCAGAUGCUCGUAGCAGAGUUGCGCAGAGUCACUGUUCUUUGGGAUGAACUUUGGCUGGGGGUGCUUUUGCAACAGCACAUGUACGUCCUUAGACGGAUUCAGCAGCUAGAAGAUGAAGUAAAGAGAGUCCAGAACAACAACACUCUACGCAAAGAGGAAAAAAUAGCCAUAAUGCGUGAAAAGCACACAGCCUUGAUGAAGCCUAUUGUAUUUGCCUUGGAACAUGUGCGGAGCAUCACUGCAGCACCUGCUGAGACACCUCAUGAGAAGUGGUUUCAAGAUAACUAUGGCGAUGCUAUUGAAAAUGCCUUGGAGAAACUGAAGAACCCCUCUAAUCCUGCCAAACCUGGAAGCAGCUGGAUUCCUUUUAAAGAGGUUAUGCUCAAUCUUCAGCAGAGAGCCCAGAAGCGUGCUAGUUAUAUUCUGCGUCUUGAAGAAAUCAGUCCCUGGCUUGCUGCCAUGACCAACACCGAAAUAGCACUCCCUGGAGAAGUGUCGGCCAGAGACACAGUCACAAUUCAUAGUGUGGGGAAUACUAUUACAAUUCUUCCAACGAAAACCAAACCUAAAAAGCUUCUUUUUCUGGGCUCAGAUGGAAAAAGCUACCCAUACCUUUUCAAAGGACUGGAGGAUCUGCAUCUUGAUGAACGGAUAAUGCAGUUCCUGUCCAUUGUUAACACAAUGUUUGCUACAAUAAAUCGUCAAGAGACACCUCGCUUCCAUGCCAGGCAUUACUCUGUCACACCACUGGGAACAAGAUCAGGCUUGAUUCAGUGGGUGGAUGGAGCUACCCCUUUAUUUGGACUUUAUAAAAGAUGGCAGCAACGAGAAGCUGCUUUACAAGCACAAAAGGCUCAGGAUUCCUAUCAGACUCCUCAAAAUCCUGGAAUAGUACCUAGACCUAGCGAAUUGUACUACAGUAAAAUUGGACCAGCACUAAAGGCAGUCGGACUGAGCUUGGAUGUGUCCCGUCGAGAUUGGCCUCUAAAUGUAAUGAAGUCUGUUUUAGAAGAAUUGAUGGAAGCAACACCACCCAAUCUUCUUGCCAAAGAACUUUGGUCAUCAUGUACAACACCUGAUGAAUGGUGGAGAGUAACACAGUCUUAUGCAAGAUCCACUGCAGUUAUGUCCAUGGUUGGCUACAUCAUCGGCCUUGGAGACAGACAUUUGGAUAAUGUUCUUAUAGAUAUGACUACUGGAGAAGUAGUUCACAUAGAUUAUAAUGUUUGCUUUGAAAAAGGAAAAAGCCUUCGCGUGCCAGAGAAAGUUCCAUUCCGGAUGACACAAAAUAUUGAAACAGCAUUUGGAGUAACAGGAGUAGAGGGAGUGUUCAGGCUUUCUUGUGAACAGGUUCUGCACAUAAUGCGGCGAGGGCGGGAAACCCUGCUUACAUUACUUGAAGCUUUUGUUUAUGACCCCCUUGUGGACUGGACUGCAGGAGGAGAAGCAGGAUUUGCUGGAGCAGUGUAUGGUGGAGGAGGGCAGCAAGCUGAAAACAAGCAGAGCAAGAGAGAAAUGGAAAGAGAUAUCACGCGCAGCCUGUUCUCUUCCAGAGUAGCAGAAAUAAAGGUCAACUGGUUUAAAAACAGAGAUGAAAUGCUGGCUGUGCUACCUAAAUUGGAUAGUAGUUUAGAAGAAUAUUUAAAUUUGCAAGAACAGUUAACAGAAGUUGAGAAAUUGCAAAGCAAGCUACUAGAAGAGAGUGACUAUUUGGAAGGAGCAGAAGAAGGGGAUCACCCAUCUCAUACACUACAGCACAGGUAUUCUGAACACACUCAGCUGCAGUCUCAGCAGAGAGCUGUACAGGAAGCAAUCCAGGUGAAACUGAAUGAAUUUGAUCAAUGGAUAUCUCAUUAUCAAGCUGCUUUCAAUAAUUUGGAGGCAACACAACUUGCAAGUCUGCUCCAGGAAAUUAGUACCCAGAUGGAUCUAGGUCCUCCAAGUUAUGUACCUGCAACAGCUUUCCUUCAGAAUGCUGGCCAGGCUCACUUGAUCAGUCAGUGUGAACAGUUAGAGGGAGAGGUCAGCGCUUUACUUCAGCAGAGGCGGUCAGUUCUACGUGGAUGUCUUGAGCAACUGCACAAUUAUGCCACUGUAGCUCUUCAGUACCCCAAGACUGUGUUUCAGAAACACCGUGUUGAACAGUGGAAGACUUGGAUGGAAGAACUCAUUGUUAACAUGACAAUUGAACGUUGUCAAGAACUUUACCGGAAGUAUGAAAUUCAAUAUGCUCCUCAGCCCCCUCCUGCUGUAUGCCAGUUCAUAACUACUACAGAAAUGACUUUGCAGCGAUACGCUGCAGAUAUAAACAGCAGGCUUAUCCGACAAGUGGAACGUUUAAAGCAAGAAGCGGUCACUGUUCCAGUGUGUGAGGAACAGUUGAAAGAAAUAGAGCGUUGCAUUAAGGUCUUCCUUCAUGAAAACGGGGAAGAAGGUUCACUGAGUUUAGCAAGUGUUAUCAUCUCUGCUCUGUGUACUCUGACCAGGCGUAACCUAAUGAUGGAAGGUGCUGCGUCUAGUGCUGGAGAACAGCUGGUAGAUCUGACGUCAAGAGAUGGAGCCUGGUUCUUGGAGGAGUUGUGUAGCAUGAGUGGGAAUGUUACCUGUCUUGUGCAGUUACUGAAGCAGUGUCAUCUGGUCCCACAAGAUCUGGAUAUUCCUAACCCUGUUGAAGCAUCAGAAGCUAUUCACCUAGCUAAUGGUGUUUACAUAUCACUUCAGGAACUGAAUUCAAAUUUCCGUCAGAUCAUUUUCCCAGAAGCUCUUAGAUGCUUAAUGAAAGGAGAAUACACUUUAGAAAGCAUGCUGAAUGAACUGGAUAGUCUCUUUGAACAAAUCACUGAUGUACCUUUGCAAACUCUGGUUGAGUCUCUUCAAGCUUACUUAAGAAGUGCAGCCAUGGGUCUUGAGGAAGAAACGCAUGCUCAGUAUAUUGAUGUUGCAAGGAUGCUUCAUGCCCAGUAUGCUGAACUCAUUCAGCCAAGGAAUGGAUCAGUGGAUGAAACACCCAAGAUGUCAGCUGGCCAGAUGCUGUUGGUAGCAUUUGAUGGAAUGUUUGCCCAAGUGGAAACAGCAUUUGGCUUAUUAGUUGAAAAGCUAAACAAGAUGGAGAUUCCUGUUGCCUGGCGCAGAAUAGACAUAAUCAGGGAAGCUCGCAGUACCCAAGCCAACUUUUUUGAUGAUGAUAACCAUCGGCAAAUUUUGGAAGAGAUUUUCUUUUUGAAAAGGCUGCAGACAAUAAAGGAAUUUUUCAGACUCUGUGGUACUUUUUCUAAAACUCUUGCAGGUAUAAGUUCAGUUGAAGAUCAAAACACUGUGAAUGGACCAGUGCCUAUGGUCAAUGUGAAAACACUGUAUCGGAAUUCUUGCUUUAGUGAAGAUCAAAUGGCCAAACCAAUCAAAGCGUUCACAGCUGACUUUGUACGACAACUUUUAAUUGGCCUUCCGAAUCAAGCAUUGGGACUUACACUGUGCAGUUUCAUUAGUGCUCUGGGUGUGGAUAUAAUUGCUCAAGUAGAAGCAAAGGACUUUGGGGCUGAAAGCAAAGUCUCAGUGGAUGAUUUAUGUAAAAAGGCAGUAGAACACAAUAUCCAAAUUGGCAAAUAUUCACAAUUGGUUAUGAACAGAGCAACAGUGUUAGCCAGUUCAUAUGAUACUGCAUGGAAGAAGCAUGACCUUGUACGGAGACUGGAGACCAGUAUUUCUUCUUGUAAGACAAGCCUUCAGAGAGUGCAGCUCCAUAUUGCUAUGUUCCAGUGGCAGCAUGAAGAUCUCCUCAUUAAUCGCCCACAAGCCAUGACAGUCACUCCUCCACCUCGCUCUGCAAUUCUAGCCAGCAUGAAGAAGAAACUUCAUACCCUUGGCCAGAUUGAAGCUUCAAUUGCAGCAGUUCAGGAGAAAUUGGCAGCACUGGAAGCAAGUAUUGAGCAGCGCUUGAAAUGGGCAGGAGGAGCUAAUCCAGCAUUAGCACCAGUCCUUCAAGAUUUUGAUGCUACAAUAGCUGAAAGAAGAAAUCUUGUCCUUAAAGAAAGCCAAAGAGCCAACCAGGUUACUUUCCUCUGUAGCAACAUCAUUCAUUUUGAAAGCUUGCGUACCAGAACAGCAGAAGCCUUAAACCUGGAUGCUGCCUUGUUUGAACUUGUCAAACGAUGCCAACAAAUGUGUUCUUUUGCAUCACAGUUCAACAGUUCAGUUUCUGAACUGGAGCUUCGUUUAAUUCACAGAGUGGGCACCAAUCUUGAUAAUCCCAUUGGUAGUUCAGAAUGGCUUUCUUUGGCUCACAAACAACUGACCCAGGACACAUCUACCCAGAGGACUGCCCAGACAGAGAAGGAGCAGCAGAUAGAAACUGUGUGUGAAACCAUUCAGAAUCUGGUUGAUAGUAUUAAAACUGUGCUCACUGGACAUAAUAGACAGCUUGGGGAUGUGAAACACUUGCUGAAAGCUAUGGCAAAGGAUGAAGAAGCAGCUCUGGCAGAUGGUGAAGAUGUCCCCUAUGAGAAUAGUGUUAGACAGUUCUUGGGUGAAUAUAAAUUAUGGCAAGACAAUAUCCAAACAGUUCUGUUUACGCUAGUUCAGGCUAUGGGUCAUGUCCGCAGUCAGGAACAUAUUGAAAUGCUUCAGGAAAUUACUCCUAUCCUGAAAGAACUAAGAACCCAGAGUCAGAGUGUCUACAAUAAUCUAGUGAGUUUUGCAUCACCGUUAAUCACGGAUACACCAAAUGAAUGCUCAAGUCCAACAUCAUCUGCUACAUGUCAACCAACAUUUGCUGCAGCAGUCCGUAGCAAUACAGGGCAGAAGACUCAGCCAGAGGUCAUGUCACAGAAUACCAGAAAGCUAAUUCAGAAAAACCUUGCACCAUCGGCAGAUACUCCUCCAGGCACAAUUACAGGAGCUGGAAAGAGUGUUGUCUCUAGCCCUAAAAAGGCCAUUAGAGACCCUAAAACAGGAAAAGCUGUGCAAGAGCGGAAUUCAUAUGCAGUAAGUGUGUGGAAACGUGUCAAAGCCAAGUUAGAGGGCCGGGACUUGGAUCCCAAUAGGAGAAUGUCUGUUGCUGAACAGGUUGACUAUGUGAUUAAGGAAGCAACUAAUCUAGAUAACUUGGCUCAGCUGUAUGAAGGUUGGACAGCCUGGGUAUGAACAGGAAGAUGGCAGGUCAAUCGGGUUCAGCGAGGUCAGACAUCCAGCAGAAUCAACUCGGCCUCAGGCAUCCAUAGCAGCACCACAGUCGGUGGUGAUGCCUUUCUGGGGCUUAAUGUGAGGAAACCUAGGCAAUCUCGGUGCACUGGGAAAGUAAGUCCUGCAGAGUAGCUGCACUCAGGGAUACGCUAAACACAAUGGUCAGGAACCCCCUAGGGUGUCAAAGGUGACAGCUCACCGCCUGAACAACACGGCUGUCUUUCUGCCACAGAGAACUGCUAAUGUAUCGGGGGGCAAAAAUAGCUGCAGGAAGGAAAUUGGGAAUGCUACAGAGACCGCAGAGUGAUUUGGAACCCAGUUCCACCUGACCCUGUGAACAAUCCAGGAAAUACCGAACCCAAAAAGGGGGCCGUGAAGAAAUCGCAGCAGAGGAAGAUUUGAGAGAUUGAGUUUCUUGAGUCGCUCUUGUUGCUUGGCAACAGUGCUGGUUGAGCUGACCAGUUAGUGCAAAGUAAAAAAUAAAUAAAAGAUGCCACACAAGAUGAACUUCAGAAAUGGACUGAAAUGCAAAGAGCUGUACAUCAGCCAUGUUGGAAGAACCCUCUGAAAAGAGAGAUUUUUUUUUUAGUUCUUUCCUGCUUCUGGUUUAUUCUUGUAGUUUAACUAUAUUUCUAGUAUGUUUUAAUUUUCAGUCCUUGUGUUUCACUGUUCAGAGUAAAGUUAACUUUCUUCUGUUUGCAAAAUCAAAUUUCCAAAAGCACAGGGAAUGCUGAACAUUGAGCAAUUACCUUUGAGUUGAGUGAUCAAAUGCAAAUUGUUUUUUCUGUUUGUUUUAAAGUGAUUUGCGUGCUUGUGAUUCUAUCAUGUACAGUUUUCCCAAAUUCACUGUGCAGUUCAAAGUACUGAACCUGAACAGGCAUUUGAUCUCAUCUACAUCUCCCACUACUUGCAAUGUGUGCUCCUUUUUGUAAUUCCAGCCUCUUCCUCCAAAGUUCAUUCUGUUGCAAUUUGCUGUAGUUUCUUUUCUAAUUGUAGCUUCUCCAGUGUAACCUUUACCUUUUACCAAAAAACUCCACAAUUAAAAUAUCUAAGUAGACUUUUACAUUGUUGACAACAGAAAAAAAUCAAUAAAGUGAAGUUCUAGGAGGUGAUUUUAUGCUGUUUGAUUCACUUCAAAUCUUGAUUUAUACUUACAAAUGUAUAAUGUAUCAGUUCAGUCUGGGGACUUAAGAAGAAAAAAAAACAUAAAGCUGAAAUUGAAUUUAUUAGUUUUUUUUUGUUCAAGUGAAAUUUGUAUAAAGACUUAUGUGAAGUUAGUUUCCCCAUAUUACUUCUCAUAAAUGGUGUUCAGUAAUGCAUUCAUAAGUGAAUUUCUCAAUACAUUUCCCUAAAUCUACCUUGCACUUUGGAUUAGUGGAUGUGAGAGAAGUUGCUAUUAAAAUGGCACUUUAAACCAAUCUGUUUCCAUAUGUCUUCAGUGUAUUAGUUGCCUGUUAAUUAAAAUGUUCAUUAUGAGCCCGUUUUGGCUUUGCCCAUGGAAGGGACAGGCUACUUCCUGACACAUGCAGAAUUCAACUUUCACUUGUUGAUGCUAUGUUAAGAUAGACCCUUCUUGAAUCUUAAUAUUUUUGGACUGAAUUUAUGGGGUGCAGGAUGCCACCAUGCACACACAAGGACAUGUAAUGUAUUACCUGUCAAGUUAUUCCCAGCAAAAGAGAAGAAAUGGUUAUUCAGAAUAUUUAAAUGACUCCUAAAAGGAGCAACUGGAUGGUAUUAUCAGUUUCUGCAUUAUGUUGUGGCUAUCUUUAGUUUUGAUUACUUCACUUACCUGCCUGUGUGCACUGUCUACAUAUUUAGUCAUGCUUGUAAGUAAAGGCAUUAAUUAUCCAUUCUUGAACCUUUUGGCAUGUAUUUCAAGAGGGAGGACAGGAAACUUGAUGUUCAGUGAAAUUCAGCUAAAGCAAAAUCCAUGCAGUCAAUAGGUAUACUUCCCUUGCCCUUCCCAUAUGACACAUUGAGCAUAAUCUGCAUCAAGAUACAUUUAGAACAAGAUGGUUACAUGUUUUGUUUUGUGGUUGUUGGCAAUGGGUUACAUCAGUGAUUCAUGUAUUAUACUUUUAUUCAGAAAUGGAAUGUCUAUGGAGAAUGGGUUAUUUGCUGCCUAAUGUAUUAAAGCUCAAAAAUCUAUUUGUAUUCUUAA